GUGGUUCAGAGUGAUGGUGGGCAUGGGAAAGGACUGUGGCGAUGGUUUGGCAGUCAAGAGUGCCGUCUACGUUUAUUUCCAGGAUGCAUCUAUCAUUGUUAACAUGAACAAAGAUGUAUGGGUAAAUGGGCGCUCAGUAUUUCUCCAGCAAUCGUACACAAAAAAUGCCAUCACUUUAAGGAAGGCUUUGGAUGGGAUCCUGAUUGACCUGGCUUCUCAGGUGCAGGUCCACGUCCAUCUCAAUGGACAGGUGACUGUGAGACUCAAGAAUAGCUUUGCAGAGCAGCUGUGUGCCCCAUGUGGAAAUGCCAACAGAGACCGCUCUGAUGACCUGAAGCUGCCGAGUGGGCAGCCCACAGAUAACUUUGAUGAGGUCCUCCAUGCUUGGAAAGCCAAAGACUUCAAUCUUUAGGAGGUUCCUCUAAGGACAACAGCUGUUCUUCCUGACAAACCAAUACAAGCACUCCCGAUUCACUCAUUCCUUCAGGCCCAUUUUUGGAAGUCUAGUGUGGCAUCAAGCUUGGACUAAGUUAACACCAAAGAAAUCUGCAUUAAUAAAGGACAUGCAUCCUCCACCAAAACAUGGUUCAUCACCAUUAUUACUGCUUCCUCAUCCCACAU